UCCGGGGAGAAGUCGCGUUAUUGUAGUUUGGGACUCUGCGUCUGUGCGGACGUCCCUACAGGAAGAUUUGAGAUGAACAGAAUCAGAAUACACGUUUUGCCCUCGAGUCGCAACCGGGUGAGUCAAACGGCCCGACCGCAGGAACCCCAGGCCUGCGCCUUCACCCAGCGGCCCUGCACCCAGCCUCGCCUCGAGGGCUUCGACUUCUGCAUCAAACACAUCCUGGAGGACAAGAACGCCCCGUACAAACACUGUAGCUAUGUCUCAGCCAAAAACGGCAAGCGCUGCCCGAACGCUGCUCCGAAGGCUGACAGGAAAGAUGGGGUGACGUUCUGUGCCGAGCAUGCUCGUAGGAAUGCGAUGGCCCUGCGAGCUCAGAUGAGGAAGGCUUCUUCAGGUCCAUCUCCAGAGACUCUGCUGUCCCAGCUCAGCUGCUUCAACCGAUCAGAGACCCACAGUCUAGAUGGAGGACGCUCUGAGGCCAGCCGCAUCCUGGAUGAAGAAAGUCUGAGUGAUGAGGAGCAGGGCCCGCUGGUGUUGGACCAGACCUGGAGAGGAGACCCUGACAGCGAGGCUGACAGUAUUGAAAGCGAUCAUGAAGAUCCUCUGAAACAUGCAGGGGUUUACACAGCAGAGGAAGUGGCUCUGAUCACUAGAGAAAAGCUCAUCAGGCUGCAGUCUCUGUACAUCGACCAGUUUAAGCGCCUGCAGCAUCUGCUGAAGGAGAAAAAGCGCCGAUACCUGCAAAACCGUAAACUGGAGCAUGAAACCUUAGGAAGCAGUCUGUUAACGGGACCUGAAGGUCUUUCCAUGAAGGAGAGGGAGAACCUGAAGAAGCUGAAAGCUCUGCGUCGGUACCGCCGCCGGUACGGAGUGGAAGCCCUGCUGCACCGGCAGCUUAGGGAGAGGAGGCAGGCGGUGACAGAGGGAGCCUCUCAGCUCCACAUGAGAGCCGGGGGUGAAAUCUGCAUGGCCUUCGUUGAUGGAGUCAGAUGCACCAACCCCUGCCUCCCGGUGGCCAGACACUGCCUCUCUCACAUCUGCCAGGACAGCAACCAGGUGCUUUUUAAAAUUUGCCCGGGGCUGAAAGACGCUCCCUGCGACCGGACCGUCCACAUGGGUCAGUCGGACGAUCCCCGAUGCCCGCUGCACCUCACCCUGCCUCCGCCCAUGUACCAGCCAGAGCAGGAGCCGCCACCGCAGGAGCACUUCACCCCGUCCAGCAAGGACAUGUACCUGAGCGCGGCGGAGCUGCAGCCCACAGAGAGCCUCCCGCUGGAGUUCAGCGACGACCUGGACGUGGAAGGGGACGGCAUGCAGGGGCCCCCGUCCCCCUUGCAGUUUGACACGGCCCUGGCCCUGGAGGACCAGACCAUCAGAGCCAUCGCCGAGGCUCCGAUGGACAUCCUGACCGGAGAGGACCCAGACCAGGUGGACCUGGACACCUCAGGACACGAGCUUUCAGAAAGAGACAUGGACGCCAUCAUGGAUGACCAGGUGGUGUCAGACGUAGGUGGAGGAGAAGAAGACGCCACCGACAGCUCGGCCCAAGACCUGGACCUGGCAGCCGGCGACGCUCCUCGAUGAACAGACAGACGGCUUUUUAUUUUCUGCUACUUUUGGUUCCAAUGAUUUGGUUCUGUGAAUUGGUAAUCUUCUGAUCUACCGGGAUACCUGGCGGUACUCAAGUGUUUGUUUGUUGUAAUAAAAGGUGACAGAGGAACGAAACGCUGUCA